CGGAUGUCACUUACGCCGGAAGAGAAGACGGUCCUUUUCCGAGCCAUCUUGUGGCAUCAUCUAGCGAAGUGUUCGCACCAAGCCUCGUAGAAUCGGAGGAAAAUCCUGCUGAAGGGGCGCCAUCAUGCCCGGACAAAUGCAAGAAGGUUUUGGCUGCGCCAUAACCAAUCGGUUCGACCAGUUAUUUGACGACGAGUCGGAUCCUUUCGAGCAGUUGAAGGAGGCCGCUAACAAGAAGAAGGAGACUCCUGUACCUGGUGCCGCCAAGACAGCUGCACAAGCUGCCAAGCAACAGAAAAAGGAGACACAAAAAGAAAGAAAGAAUCCUCUUGCUGAUAUUAAGAAGGAAGAGACGCAGGCACCGGCUCCUCUCAAGAAAGAUGCAGGACCCAGCGUGAGGAGGGUGCCCCGUAGACCAGAGGGCCCAGCAGGGGCCCCACAGCAGGGGGUGCAGGGGGAGGGACGCCCCCCCACAGACAGACGGCCAGACAGACGACCCCCACGCGAGCGGCGCUUUGAGAAGCCCGCCGGAGGCGAGGACAAGCCCGAGGGAGGAGAGUUCUCCGUAGAGAAGCCCGUGGGAGAGAGGCCGCUGCGAGGCCGGGGCGGGGGCCGUGGAGGCCGUGGUGUGGGGCGAGGCCGGGGCAUGGGCCGCAGCGACGGCUUCGACUCCCGGGGGAAGAGAGAAUUCGACAGACACAGCGGCAGCGACCGAUCCAGCCAGAAAGGUGAAGAGAAGCGUGGAGGAAGUGGAUCUCACAACUGGGGUACCGUCAAGGAUGAAAUGAGUGGAGAGCUGGACCAAUCGAACGUCACGGAGGAAACCCCAGAGGGAGAGGAGCGUCCUCCAGCAGACACAGAGAACAAGGAGAACGAGGUGGAGGAAGUGAAAGAAGAGGCCAAGGAGAUGACCCUGGACGAGUGGAAGGCCGUGCAGGACAAGGAGCGCGCCAAGGUGGAGUUCAACAUCCGCAAGGCCAACGAGGGCGCCGCUGACAGCCAAUGGAAGAAGGGAUACGUGCUGCACAAGUCCAAGGGUGACGAGGAGAAGAAGCCAGGUGCUGUGAUCGAGGCUGAGGUGGAGCCAGAAACCACCAAGGUUGAGGAUGAGCACCACUUCCGGAAGCCGGCCAACGACAUCACCGCCCAGCUGGAGAUCAACUUUGGAGACCUGGGUCGACCGAGCCGUGGGCGCGGGGGCCCCCGAGGGGGGCGGGGGGGCCGAGGACGCGGUGAGGGCCGCGAGCGAGAGCCCAGAGACAUCCGUGAGGUGGGGGCCGCAUCCAGGCCAGCCCGCGGACCCAGACCUGACAAGCCCAGCGGUGUGUCUGUGCCCAACGUGGAUGACCCAGAGGCCUUCCCUGCCCUGGCCUGAGCCUGCCACUCUGGCCCCCCAGACCCCUGGCCCCCCAGACCCCUGGCCCCCCAGACCCCUGGCCCCCCAGACCCCUCUCCAUGAGGCUUGCAUGUUUUGGAUCCUUCAGCAAAAUUGAAUUGAUGGAGAAGACUGUCAUCCUGUAUGACACUCAACUCUGAGGACUGAAUUUUACCGAUUUUAAAAAGAUGAAACAAAAAAAACGAAACAAAUGAACCGUAAACAGAGGACUCUGUGCUCUCUCAGUUAUUGAGGUUUUAUACUUAAACAAGGUAGCAGGGAUGUUUCAUACAGUAUUUUUUUCAGAGAUUAUGCUUCAUGAAUACUUUUUUGUAUUGCUGCUUGAAAAUAUGCAUUUCCAAAUAUAAGUAUGAGAAAAGUAUUCUUUAGCUUGUGGUGUCCCCUUGGCUUGCUCAGAGAUCCGAUGCUGUAACCAGGCGCUGUAACCAGGCGCUGCACAGCUCAAGACCUGGGGGUUUCUGAAUAUGUUACUGCUUUAGUUCAGGUUAAGGAAUUUAGAUAUGGGUUUUCUUUUUUUAAGUGUGGUCUAUACCUCUUAAUCUAGGCCUGGUAAACUCUUCCCUUGGUGAGGGAUCUGUGGGAGGGUGCAGGUGGGUUUAAAGCUAUAAUCCAGCGAUUGCACUUCUGUUACAGCUUCAGUUCUGUUAGCUGAACGAGGCUUUCCAAGGACUGGAGGGUUUGAGGGGAGAGGGGGCGUGUCCACAUGACUGCGACUGCGAUUACGGACAAAUCCUGUCUUUCUAAUCCAAACACAGCUCUUUACAAACACAGCUCUUUAACUGGCGCUGUACAGUAAUAGUAACCAUGGCACCCUUCACCCCCCAGUUCUUUGGAGCCCCCCCCACCAGACUUUACUCGUUACUCCACCCAUGUACUGAGACUAAUAACCUCCCCCUCCCACAGGGACACCACAGCAUAGUCACUCUGAAACUAAUACCUGAUCCAAUGUGUGGAGCAGUCACAGGUUCUACAAGUGUGUGAAUUCCAGUCCUGCUAUUCUAGACCUCUGUCGGUAAAUAAAGACGGUCGAUUCA